AUGAUGCUUAAACAGUUGAUACGUCAAUUUUUUUCUAAUAAAUCUCAAUUAACAUAUCUUCGACUCGAUAUUGCUGAUGAUAAUUCUCCUAUUAAUAUUCAUCAAUGUUUAACACUAUCUCCUCAUCCCGCUUCAAAUUCAUUAUUUAAUAAAACGCAAAAUUAUUGUUUGACGCUUCGGCAUUUAUAUAUUUGUCUUAAAUAUACGUGUUUUCUUGAACAACUUAUUGAGUAUAUACCCAAUAUUGAACGAUUAUCAGUCACUUUCAAACGGCGUAUGCAUUUUGAACCUCGAUCCAAGUCCAAUAUUGAAACAUUAAUAAAAUCAAAUGGAAAUUGGUUUGAAAAGAAUGAUUUGGAAUUUGCCUAUUUGAAAUGGUUGCUUAAUAAUUUAAAUCAUAUUCGAAAAUUUAAACUUCAUCUUCAAAUUUAUAGAAUGUAUUCAUCGUCAGAUAUAAUGAUUAAAGAGUAUGUUGUUGAUGCAAAUUUUAUUCGUCAAUAUUGUAUGCCGGAUAUCAUAAUUAAUAUAACAGAUUUUCAAUUUUAUAUUGUUUCCGAAUGUCAAUUGUUGUUGAGUAACAUUGAACAAAUAAUAAAUUCAUUUAAAAUUCAUCAAUUUUUUAUUGAUCGUCAAUGGACAAAUGUAACUUGUUUCUAUGAUCCAUUGAUGUCAUAUCAACAUCUUUGUUCUUCUACUGUUAAUACACUUCAAUUUAUGAAUGGCUUACAUUUUCAUGCAAAUAUUUUCACUUGGCCACAUAUUCAGGAUAUUUCAAUUGAUUUUCAUCCGUCUCUUUAUUUGUUUCUUGAACGAUUUGAUGAAAUAUAUCCUAAUGUUUCUCAUAUUAAAGUUUAUACAGAAUGUUAUAGAGAUGUUGAUCAAUCUGACUUGGCGGUAUCAUUAAGAAUACCAUUCAAAAUAGGCCAAGAUAAAGUCACCGAUAUUCAACUUCGAAAUGUGACAAGAAUUGAUUUGGGAUUUUGUCAAAGUCCUAUGAUUAGUAUGUAUCAAUCUCUUUUACUUAGAUCCAUAUUAUCAAAUACACAAAUAUUAAGUAUUUGGCAUAUAUUUGUUCAAUAAAGUCGCAAUGCAUCAAUGGACGUAAAUAAAACACGUGCAAAAGUAUUUGCUCAUCUCAUUUCCAUGCCAGUUCAACUUAAAUAUCUUCUUGUUGAAAAAAUUGAAUGGCUUUAUCAUAUUGUUCAAUAUGCAUCGACUGAAUUAAAAACGGACGCAUUAAGUUCUGUUCGAUGUGCUGAAUUUGGUAUUUCUAGUUGUCAUUAUGGUUCUAACGACUCAGUUCAUAUUGGAAAAAAUCUGGUACCUUUUCUCACUACUCAUAUGCCUCAUUUACAAAUAUUGCAUCUUUGGCGACCUGAUGAUUUUCCUUGGACAUCUAUUCGGCCUGAUAUUAAACCAGGAUACUUUCAUUAUAUUGAUGUUUCACGAUGGACAGAAUCUUUACAAACAUCUGAAUCGAUUGCUCAACAUGUAAAUGUUUUUGAACAAGAUCUUUGUCAAUUAUUUGAUCGCUUGAAACAAUUUGUUUUUCUUGAUAUUCAUGGAAAAAUCGAUCCCGGAAAACUCGAGCCAUAUCGUACUAUGGUUCAAAAAUGUUAUCCUUGUAGUAGAAUUGACAUCGAAUUAUCAAGAUUUCGUCUUUGGAUAUAA